UGGUUAAUCGAUAGAAGAAAGCAUCAAUCAUGUUAUCCUGCUCUGAGAAUCUGGUGCGCAGUCGCUCUGUCGCUAAAACUCUUGAUUAAUGACAUUAAAUGAUCAAUAAACCGCGACCCUCGGACUAGAGAGAGGAUUUAAACAGACAGCCGUAAUACUGCACCACAUUACAGUAACGUUAGUUAGUUAGCAUCUCUAGCUGCAGGUCUACAGUCAUGACGCUACAUGGCUAAGUGACCUCAGAUAAAUAACUGCCAAUCAAAAUGCCGUUUCACUUUUAUUAACCGAUAAACUGGAUUCAGCCGAAUGCUUGCUGAACAUAAACACCUUGGACUAGUUAAACUGUCAGAUAUUGUUUUGCGUCGCAAUUGUUUGGAAAAGAGGUUAGCCGGGUUAGCUGAUACAGCAGCUGUUUAUAUAGAAACUUUCGUAUUUCACCGGAUUAAUCGUUAUAUGAGUGUGCGAUGGAGUGAGGCUGAGGAAGAGCUCAAUGCCGUGUGUGCUGGAGGAUGAUGCGGAUGAUCACAGUCAUUAACAGAAGAAUGAUGAAGAUCCUCAUCGCCCUCGCUUUCAUUGCUUACAUCGUCUCUGUCUGGGGAACCUACGCAAAUAUAAGGUCUAUACAGGAACACAGAGAAAUGAAGACUGAGCAGAGGAUAGAUGAGGCAGUGGCACCUCUCAGGGAGAAGAUACUGGAACUUGAGCUUAGUUUUACCCAGAAGUAUCCACCUGUGAAAUUCUUAUCUGAGAAGGACCGAAAGAGAAUUUUGAUCACAGGUGGGGCAGGAUUUGUGGGCUCGCACCUCACUGAUAAGCUGAUGAUGGAUGGCCAUGAAGUGACAGUGGUGGAUAAUUUCUUCACUGGCCGCAAGCGCAAUGUUGAGCACUGGAUCGGCCAUGAGAACUUUGAACUGAUCAACCAUGAUGUGGUGGAGCCUCUCUAUAUUGAAGUUGACCAGAUAUAUCAUUUGGCCUCACCUGCAUCACCACCCAACUACAUGUAUAACCCUAUCAAGACACUGAAAACGAAUACUAUUGGAACUCUCAACAUGCUAGGAUUGGCCAAGCGAGUUGGAGCUCGUUUACUCCUUGCCUCAACUUCAGAAGUGUAUGGAGACCCAGAGAUGCAUCCCCAGAAUGAGGACUACUGGGGUCAUGUGAACCCUAUUGGCCCCCGGGCCUGUUAUGAUGAAGGAAAACGUGUUGCUGAGACGAUGUGUUAUGCCUACAUGAAACAGGAAGGUGUGGAGGUGAGAGUAGCUCGGAUCUUCAACACCUUCGGGUCUCGCAUGCACAUGAAUGACGGGCGAGUGGUCAGUAAUUUCAUUCUGCAGGCUUUACAAGGAGAGCCGCUGACGGUUUAUGGUUCAGGUUCUCAGACAAGAGCUUUCCAGUAUGUGAGUGAUCUGGUGAACGGCCUGGUGUCCCUGAUGAAUAGUAACAUCAGUAGUCCAGUUAACCUGGGAAAUCCAGAGGAACACACCAUACUGGAGUUUGCGCAGCUUAUUAAGAGUCUAGUUGUGAGCCGCAGUCAUAUUCAGUUCCUUCCAGAAGCACAAGAUGAUCCACAGAGAAGACGGCCAGACAUCCGCAAGGCCAAAAUGCUUCUGGGCUGGGAACCUGUGGUGCCACUGGAGGAAGGCUUGAACAAAACCAUCCAGUACUUCAGCAGAGAGCUGGAGCAUCAAGCCAACAAUCAGUAUAUACCCAAACCCAAGGCUGCACGGAUGAAAAAAGGAAGGCCCAGACACAACUGAUGAAUUGUGUUGAUCUCAGGGAUGCUGGGAUACUGGAGGACCAUAGACGUUCAGCAGCCAUUAUACAGCAUUCCGACUUUUUGAAAAAAGGAAUUUUUCUGUUUUUGCGAAUAUUUUGAAAUGCGGCUCAGGCAGAGAGCUGUCUCUAAAGAGUUUGUUUUACAGUCAAAUGUGCCUCAAAGAUAUCCGAUUUAUAGACUUUGCCUUGCACUUUGGUUUGUCAGUCGUCUGUCUGUUAUUUAAAGCAAGCUUAGAUCUUCAUGUGCUUUUUUGUAAUGUUUACAUUCUGUGCCGAUUUAAUUGAUGUGAUCUAUUUUUUUAUCAGUGUCAAAGCUAGCGGUGUGUUUGUUGAUUGGACACCUGUAGAAAAUUAUGAAAAUGAUUUAAAGAUCUUGAAUGUCUGGACUGGAGCAGGAAACCUCAUCCAGCUCUGUCAAGAAAUCUGAGGAGACGGAUAAAAGAAAAGCUUUGGAAAAUGUUCAUUCUGCUUUAAUCUUUGUGAUGAUUUUGAGCAAAAUCUGUUGUUACCUUUGUGAAACUUCAUACAGAACUUUGAACCUAUAAUUAAUUUCAGGUGAAAAGAAUAUUUUAAUAAAAUAUUUACUGUGA